AUGGCUUCUGAUGCAUAUUUGACUCUGUUCAUACCUAACCCUAGACCUUUAGCUCCCUCAGCUGACCUCCCCAGCCGCCAAGCACCUUCCCCUACCCUCGCCGCACGCGCCCCGGCCGUCGGCGCGCGCCUCCGGCCGCCGGAAUGGGCUACAUUGCUUCUCCUCCACCAACUUGCCACCAUCCCUGCCGUGGACCACACGGAAGGAUCCCCAUACCUGGGCUUCCUCCCUUGGCCUUGCUCGACCUCCGGCAGCCUCGACCGCCGGUCACCGCCGCCCCCGCGCGCUGGCAUUGCCAGUCUGGGCAGCUUGCGGCCAGCCUACGCAGGCACUGGCCGAGACCAGGGCAGUUGCUGGCCUGCGCGUCGCUGCUGCUUUGUGCCGGCCGCCCCGCCUCCCUCCGGCCUACGGCGAACCCUCGCCGUUGCCCCGGAGCUCCCCCGGCCGUCGUUACCUCGUGAGCCCGAGGCCAAGUGUACAUGUGCGACCUCGGCCUCUCCCAACGCCGCUGCGCCUCCUACCGCCGCCGGCCGGCGUGAGCCCCGAUCCUCCUCGGUCGGCCGCACCCGGUUGCCGCCGGCGCUCCUGCCCCCGGAUGCCCCUGUCGGCCGAGCUGGAGCCAGGCUCUCCAUCAACUGUGCGGCUAGGGCAUCGUUGCCCGUCGCCGCCGCCGCCUUUCGUCGCCGGCCGACGCGCACCCCAGCCUUUUUCCGUCGGCUGCACCUGCUUGCCGACGUCGCGCCCGUCGCCCGGCCGUUGCUGGCCAGCCAUAGCUUCACCUUGCCAGUUCAAAAGGAGAGAGAUAGAGAAGCUCAAGUCGGCAAAGAACUUCCAACUUCUUCAAAUCAAGCAAAGCUGAUAAGAAUAGAGUAUAAUGUGCUCUCUCAUUUACGAAAAGUCCCAAGACUUCUGAGUGUUUACGACGCCCUUAGAACUCAGCGAAGUGUUGAUCUAUGCUCUCCAAAAUCCUGA